AUGUCGAGACAACUUUCUCGUUGCUAUUUGUUAUUUUAUUUGUCCGCGAGCGCGAUUCUAGCUUGCGGAUCUCCCCGAAGAAUUCCUAGAGGAGCAUCAUGUCCCUCGUGCAGUCAAGACUGUCCAGAAGCCUUAACCGUCCAGCUACCAUGGAAUCCUCGUCAAGAAUCAAAUCUGCGAGACUUUUCCAUCAAUCCGCUCCAAAAUUCCCCUAACUCUCGCUUGAUACAACAAGAAUUCUCCCAGGAUAUAGCACGCGAUGACAACAUUCCACUGAGUCGAAAUUCGAUGUCCGGAAACUAUAGAAGAUUCCUUCAACCUACGAGGGAGAAUUUCUUUUUUAGAAACUAUCCUAACAAUUCUCCGAAAUCCUUUGGCAGACAAGAGAUAUUUUCUGAGGACAAACCUACGAGAGAGUAUCCUCUUAUCCCAUCAAACCAAAUUUUCGAUAGAUCGGAAAAUUUAUUCUUCAGAAAUCCUCGCAAUAAAUUUUCAGAAUCGUUGACAGAGGAUGAAAGAACGAAAGACUAUAAAAAGAUCGAAGAGGAUCCUAUGAGCAAAGUACUAGUCGUGUAUCGCGCCGAUAGGGAUACAAAUCCUUCGUGGAAAAAUUCAAGGGACACUUCGGACGUCACCCAGCCAGACAGAUCCCUCCCGAAGGUUGAAAAUACUUACUCUCUCCGCCAAAAAGAUAUCCCCGACGAGGAAAGAAAUGCAAUCAGGAAGUCUUUCAAUUCUGCCGGUCAGCUUAGGUAUCCUCAAGAGAGAUAUCCCAUAGAACUCAAUCUGUCAGAAGUUAAGCGUACUCCUUAUACUAAGGAUACAGAUACUCUGAGAUCGACGAAAGAGGUCUUCGAUAAUUGGGACGUCGCCAAGGAUUCGUCGCAAUCUUCGAAUCUGAAACUUAGGAAUAAUUUCUUAGAAGUACAUCCUGCGAAGAAGUCAGAAAUUAUUGCCAGAAACGAUAACGAACAAAUCAAUUUUAAUUCUUAUAAUUCUAAAGUUCCUCAGGGUUCAAAUAUAUGGAACACGAGAAAGGAUGAGGGAUUGCUCGAGGAUUCUCUGACGAAAACAAAUACUAGACCUUUCGAGAAUGAGGAUGAUGACGCUAUGAAAGAAUAUUAUGAUGACGAAACCGAACACUUCAUGGGUGAGAAAGAUAUAAUGGAGUAUUUUGACGAAGAUGAGACUGAACAGGAUCCUAUCGAAACUGAACGAGAUAAUUAUAAUCCUCAUGUUCCUUCUGAGGACAUUUGGAAGGGUACAGAGAAUAAAGAACUCUUUGACGAUUUGCAUUUCGUACGUGAAGACUCGCAAGAAAUAGGACAACCGGGAUACUCUGAGGAAAAUAAUAAAUACUUCCAGGCCGAGCAAGACGAAGAUGUGAUUUUUAAAGAUAAAAAAUACACCGAUGCUAAACCUGCUCGUGCACCUGUGAUUAAUGCCUAUAAUGCUUAUAUACUUCCUCGAUAUUUGAAUGUUAUAAAUGAUAAAGAACAUUCUGCCAAGUCCGAGACGCAGGAAUUGUCGGAAGCUAAGAACAGUGUACGUGCGAAUCCUAUAAAAGAAAUGGAUCGAAGGUUCUUCGAGGAUGAGGCUAUUGAAAACAACAAGCGUAUUCAAGAUUUUAUAUUUUCCGAUGAUAUUAUCAAUGCAGAGGAAUACAGUCCUUCUGUUGUUGACAAACGAAAUAAUGUAAAAAAUAAGAACGAGGAUCCGAUAGAACUUGAUCCUGAUCUAUUGAGCGACAUUGAAGAUCCUCCAGUAGCAACAACCGAAUCGACACCAAUGCAAUCCUCUGUUGAAUUUUCUUAGCGACAAUAAUAGAGUUGACAUUAUACAGAUCUUCUGGAUUUCAAUUGAAUUAACUUUUAUUUAAGAAUUUUGUUUUAAGAGUCGAGUUUUCUUAAUAAAAACGUCAGCAGACCAACAAUUAUUAAACUAUCAGUAAUAAGCAUUGACAAAUGGCAACUUGUACUAAAACUAAAUAUAAUCUGCCCCGAUAUUUUCACUAAGAAAAAUCGAUUUCAAAUUAAUCAACAAUUUUAUGAAUGAAAAGCUUCUGCUUUGAUAUCCAGGAUAUCUUCAUGUCACUAUAAUUUUACUAUUGCUGUGAAAUGUCAGCCGGAAAUAUUCAACUGAGACUAAUGUAAGGAAAAAAUGCUAACAUAGCUUGAAGAUAAAACGUUUGUUAUUUAUUAAUGUUAAUAUGUUAAGUUUCUGAUUAAUUAGUAAUGUUAAAAUAUACUUGAAGCGAGAAAUAAUAAAAUGAUGAGAUUGUUCUUAAUUGAAAAUCUUUCGUUUAAAAUUUUUUUAUAAUACAAAUUCAGA